AAUACUCGUAAUUGUUGAGUUUGUAUUUAGUUAUAGUUAUAUACAGUGCCUCAAUCAGAAAACCGGAUAAAAUUUGUUUGAGUUCAAUAAAGUUUUGUUCCAGUAUUCCAAUUGAGACGCUGUAUGGAAAUCUGAUCCAAAUUCUCAAUAUUUCAAAACCAAGAGUGAAAUAUUUUUACCGAGAAUUCGAUCUUUGGACUAAUUUAACCCCGCAGCGUUUCGCAACGGAAGUGAUCAGCCACUGGGAAGCAUAUUGAAAAUCGGAGACAACGCGGAACAAUAUCCCAGAUUUUUACCAACGUAAAAUUCGUACAGGAUCCUGCAUUGGGUGUUUCGUGAUGAUGAUGCAGAACGAGUCCACUCCGGUCAUGACCUCGGAUGCGGGAUGCCAAACGACCGGCAGUCAAUUUUAUGUGGUAAAUUUUAAUGCUCCCGAUGCUUCGGUUGAGAAUGCCUUGCCAGAUUCGGACUGUGCGUUGGAACGCAGCUUGGCGAUAAAUGGUGACAUGAUAGCAGCGCAUUUCCCCUACCAAAUGGCGAUUGAACCGUGGGUGGAAGGGUUCUUUGCAGAUAUUAUAACUUAUUGUACCGGUCAUCCAGUACUCUACAUCUGUCCCCUUGUGAAUGAAUUUGUCCAGCAGAUGCAUUGGUUGCACCAGAACGUGCAGGCCGUGGCAGCGUCCCAGAUGCAGGCAGCAGGCGAGCAGGAGCAGGCGGGUAUGUUCGUGGCGGGUGCACCAUGCCUUGCUCCGUACAGUGAGGACGGCUUGUACUACCGGGCAAUCAUCAAGCAGGUGGACGAUGUGCAAGAUGCCGUGCGUGUGGUGCACGUGGACUAUCUCAGUGAGGAAAUUAUGCCGAAGAGGGAUAUCUGCGAGUGCCCGCUAGAAUUGCGUUUGGUACCAUUGAAUUAUGCAUGUGUGCGGCUGGCGGGCGUUCAGGCAAACGCCGAACUACCCAGUGUAGAGGUUUACGGACGGCUGCAAAAGCUUCUUGCAGAAGCAUCGUUUUACGUGCGAGUUAUUCAGCGCCCUGACGUGGAGCAGGGUAAGACGGGUUUGGUAGAGGUAGAGCUAUACACAGCAAUAGACUGCCAGACGCUCGUCUACCAAAAAUUAUUGGACGAAGAAUAUUUGGUUGCUGUUCCCAAGCAGUAAAUAAUUUCCAACACCCAUGGACAACCAAGUCCAUGGCUUUUCACUAUUCCUUAUUAUUUUUUUUUUUUUCAAAAAUAUAUAGGUCAAAUAUAUAUUUUUUAUAGCUACACAGUUAUGCUGCUGUAAGCAGUUCGAUUAGUAAUUCAUCAUUCGUAUCUAAUGUUUUUUCAAGCUAGACCGUUCAAUUUACUUCCUCGCUUUGAGUUUAAUCUGAUGCCAGUUAGGUUUUUAAUUCUUUACUACAUUAUUCUUUACACAUGUUUUCAAUGAAAGCGUUUUACUUUCUCAGUUUUUGCAUUUAUAACAUUUAACCUCCCAGAUGAGA